AUGAGGACGUCUAACGAAGGCUUCUCUGUCGUGGCAGCAGUGCUGGCUGUCACGUGGGGGGUUCCCCUGGCGUCGACAGACCCGCCAAUAGCUCUCAACCAGUUCCCAGAGGACUUCUACUUGGGAGCUGCCACUGCAUCCUAUCAGAUUGAAGGUGGCUGGGACGAGGAUGGCAAGGGAGAGAGCAUCUGGGACCACAUGCUGCACGCACAGCCCAACCUGACUGCAGACGGCCAGAACGGCGACGUGGCGGCCGACUCGUACCACAAGUACAAGGAGGACGUGCAGCUGCUCGUCGCGCUCAAUGCCAACGCGUACCGUUUCUCCCUGAGCUGGCCUCGCAUCCUGCCCACCGGGGACACGGACAAAGUCAACCAAGCGGGCGUCGACUACUACAACAACCUCAUCAACGAGCUGCUGGACAACGGCAUCGAGCCCUUGGUGACGCUGUACCACUGGGACCUGCCGCAGGAGCUGCAGAAGCUGGGCGGCUGGCCCAACAUCGCACUCGCCGACUACUUCGUGGAGUACGCGCGCGUCGCCUUCCAGAACUUCGGAGACCGGGUGAAGCUGUGGCUGACAUUCAACGAGCCGGACAUGUUCUCCCGCGGCUACUCGACCGCCACGGAGGCAGCCCCGGGAGCCAACUCGUCCGGCAUCGCCGACUACCUACUGGCCAAGACGGUGCUGGUGGCGCAUGCGCGGGUCUACCGCCUCUACAACGAGACGUUCCGGCCUUCGCAGGGAGGAAGAGUGGGCAUCACGCUGAACAUUGGCUGGCACGAGCCCCUGACCAGCAGCCCCAACGACACAGCCGCGUCGGACCGUCAGCUGCAGUUUGAGGGCGGCCUGUGGGCACACCCGAUCUUCACGGAGGAGGGUGAUUUCCCAGAGGUGGUGAAGCAGCGGGUGGCGGACAACAGCCGGCAGGAGGGCCGCACCAGGUCGCGCCUGCCCACCCUCUCGACAGAAGAGGUAGACCUCAUCAGGGGCACAGCCGACUUCUUCGGGCUCAACCACUACACGUCGGACCUCGUCACAUCUGGCAGCGUCGGAGUGCAGCCCUCCAAGACCUACGACACAGGAGUCGUCACGUCGUCUUUCGAAGGUUACCCGUCCGGCGGCUGGGUAACGUGGUUGCAGGAAGUGCCGUGGGGUCUGCGAAAACUCCUCAACUGGCUGCACGGGUCUUACCCCGGAUACCCGUUUUUCAUCACUGAAAACGGGUGGUUGGACCCGCCAGGAGUUCUUAACGACACGGGCCGCAUCCACUACUACAACGGCUACCUUUCUGCUAUCCUGAGAGCCAUCAACGAAGAUGGCGUGCCAGUGAUUGGCUACACCGCCUGGUCCCUCUUGGACAACCUGGAGUGGACGAGCGGCUACACGGCGAAGUUUGGACUGUAUUCCGUCGACUUCAACGACCCCGAGCGAACCAGAACACCGAAGGCAUCUGUGUCCGUCCUGGCGCAGAUCUACAAGGACAAGGCCGUACCUCUGGACGACUUCGAGAGUGCAAACACAACGCCACCCUCGUAA